AUGGCAACCCGCAGCUCCCAGGACGGUCUCGUUCCAGACGACUCGACGUCUGCGCCCGCCACCGCAGCCGACGACUCGCACAGCGCUGGAGCGGACCAAAACGUCGUCAGCGCUUUCCACCCAGCACCCGCCGAACCCGACACCCCGCCGCAGGACAUGAUCGUCAGCGGUUCCACUUCUGCGAACAAUGCCUCCCGACUGCCGACAUCCAACAGCGAACCCUUUAUCGCUCCUGCCACCGGGUCCAACCCGCGCUUCAGCUUCGGGAAGCUGCCAAGCCGGGGCACCGACACCUCCUCCUACGACUUUCUACCCAGCGUCAAUUUCGACGACUUCCACGAGAGCCUCACCGGCCCCGAGCUGAGCGACUUCCCCGUCCCUGGAGGCGGCCGCGCCAUAUUCGCUCCCGAGGAGAGUGACAACGACACCAUGAACAGCGUGGCCACCGCCCCGCCUGAGCGCAAGCCCGCCAGUCGGGCUCCCAGCGGCCAGGCCUACUCUCGCCGCCCGAGUCUGUCUCAGCGCCGCCAGCCCAGCCAGAGCGACCUCAACGAUGCAACCGCAGGCCAGCCCGGUGCCCAGCUUCCCGUCCGCACGCGCCGGCAGAGUCAGUUUUCGGGCCCCGCCCCAGUCUCUGAUAAUUCGACCUUCUCAUCUGGCAACACUACAGUGCGCGGCCCCCGCAAGUCGGUCGGACCUGGUCUCCUUUCUUCUGCCGGUAUGGACAACCAGUUCACCCAGCGUAGGGAGGUGUCGCAUGGAAAUUUGGGACACAGUCGUUCGUUGAGCAAGAAUAACCGAACUGGCAACCCGGGACCGAGCUACAAUUCUGACGUACCACGGCUCUCCACAGCAACGCGAAGCAGCAAAACGAAGUCUCUCCUGCAGCCAUCGAGCCAGAGCUACACGUCACUUUCACCCGAUCUAGGUCGUGCCGCCGGCAAUGGACGCUCUCCGACGAAGGGCCUCGGCCCAAAGACUGCUGCCACUCCCUCCGUCGCCGCCAACAAGAGGCAAUCCCUGCACCACCCCGGUGGGCUGGGUGCACGAACGAUCAGCCCGACGGAUGCCCGACGACUGAAGCGCAUGUCAAUGGGACCGAACGCUGGUUCGCCGCUCCGGAACCCGCCGACGCCUCAACCUGACGUCCAGCAAGAGCCUCUGCCAGCCUCAUACAGCCCUGCUCUCGCUCUCCCGAAGAGCGUCACCCCUUCUUCAUCUGCUCGUGCCACACCCGACAAUGGUGUGGGCAAGUCCAUCCCAGCACCGGCACUGUCUAACAGCUCCAGCUUCAGCUCCCUCCGCGGUGCUAGCCAGAUCCCCACUCGCUCGAGUCAAGUCCUUUCCACAUCGCGCCUUCCAACCCCCAAACCGCGGAACGUGCACAGCUCAGCUGGACCUGAGAAUACCGAAGAAGUUCCUCCUGUGCCCGCCAUACCGAAGGCGUUCGAAUCUCCCCGCACAGAGAUUGACCAGCCCCUUUAUCCCGUCCGACAAACCCCAGCAACACCAGCGGCUGAUGAAGGCAACUGGAGCGCAUCCGUAGUUGAGACCACUGAUAGCGAUAAUAACAAGAAAAAGAAGAAGGACGCCGAGGCAAAGAAACCAGCCGAGGCAUCGGGUAAUGACCACAAGACGGCUAAAGGUCCUGGUAGACAACGGAGAGGACUCACCGUCGGUGCAGACGAUGCGGACAAGAAUGGGCACCAGACGAACAGUGGCCGCACUAACAAGGGCCUAGCACCGCUCAGGUUGCCUCCUCUGAACCUCUUGCCCCUCAGCACUCCAACUGCAGCGAAGAUUGCCUCGUACCCGCAGCCAUCAGCCGAAGUCGAUGGACGUGAACCAUCGACACCUCCGCCUAAGAGGAAUUACACCAAGACACCGAGCACACCAUUGACAGCGUCAAAGGCUACUUUUCCUUUCCACGAUGAAGAGACGGAUAAGCUCCCGCCCAUGCGAAGCAACACAUCACACUACCACCUCAGGGCGCUUGAGACUCCUUCCUUUCCUCCGCUGCCUAAUGAACCGCUUCCAAAUGAACCGCUCCCGACUGCGGAAGCAAGGAACAGCCCCCGGAAUAGCAACACCACUACUCCUUACUCUACUAGCUCCUUGCCCAAGACUGAGGAGGAAGAUGUCGGUCCUUUGAACUCCAAGGCCCAGGACGAAUACGAAUUCGGAAGCAUUGAUCAAGAGCCGCAGAGCACCAGGUUGAACGGACCAAGGGCACAGGCAACGCACAACGCCCCGAAGAAUGAUGCAUCGUCAGUAACUUCGACUGAGCCGGAGACUCCUUCAUCUGGUUCCUCCAUAAGGCGGAAGCUAAGCCUGAGUUGGAAGAGAAGCUCAUCUAAGGGUCAACACAGGAGCCAAGCUUCCCAAGGAAACAUCUCCUACCAACCCAACAAUGAUCAGCCCCCUCAACCUCCGAAACACCACGAUAUGCCGCCUCCGAAGCUCCCCGCUUCGGCUACCUGGAGUGGCCCUACCAAUGCAACGUCGACUCCGAGCCCCUCUACCAAAACAGCAGCCACGCCACGCACGGCACGCAGGAAGCCUUCCGGUUCCUUGUUCACUAGCGAUUCUGAGACGCAGAAUUCUACAAACGGAGAACGCAAGGCUUCACUUUCUCACAAGGCCACUGGUCAGCCGCCCCCGUAUACGGGACCCACAACCAGAUCGGCCUCGAGCUCAAUGAUGCACAAAAUGCUUGGAAACAAGAGCUCCAUCAGUGCUCUCAAGGCUCGUUCUCUGGACACCAACCUAGACAAGGACGAUCUUGCAGCGGACGAGGAGAUGCGGAGGCUUAAUGCGAGGCGGAAGGAUUUCGAGCAAGCUGCAAGAGAUGUCGACGAGUUGCGCAAGAGGGCUAAACCGCAGGAGAGGGUGUCACCAGCACACGCGCUCACGAUGGUCCCGCUCAACAUCUUCGAGCGCGGUGAGAUUAUCGACUACAAGGACGUCUACUUCUGCGGCACGAAGAGCGCUAAGAAGCGGAUUGGUGAUCUUCAUGCAUCAACGGCAAACUUUGGAUAUGAUGACGACCGCGGAGACUAUCAAAUUGUCCUUGGCGACCAUUUGGCUUAUCGCUACGAGGUCGUCGAUGUGCUUGGAAAGGGUUCUUUUGGUCAAGUUGUGCGUUGUGUUGAUCAUAAGAGCGGUAAGCUGGUGGCCAUUAAGAUUAUCAGGAACAAGAAGAGGUUCCACCAGCAGGCUCUGGUUGAGGUCAACAUCCUGCAGAAGCUGCGCGAAUGGGAUCCUGAAAACAAACACAGCAUGAUCAACUUCACGCAGCACUUCUAUUUCCGAGGCCACCUGUGUAUCUCGACUGAGCUCCUCGGCAUGAACCUUUAUGAAUUCAUCAAGGCGCAUGAGUUCAAGGGCUUUUCCCUCAGGUUGAUUCGUCGCUUCGCAAGGCAGAUCUUGAGCUCGCUCGUCCUUCUCAAGGGCAAACGGGUCAUCCACUGCGAUUUGAAGCCCGAGAACAUCCUCCUUGCACACCCGCUGCAUUCUGAGAUCAAGGUGAUCGACUUCGGUUCCAGCUGUUUCGAGCACGAGAAGGUCUACACCUACAUCCAGUCUCGUUUCUACCGGUCGCCCGAGGUCAUCCUGGGUAUGAAUUACGGCCUGCCUAUUGACAUGUGGAGUUUUGGGUGUAUUCUUGCAGAGUUGCUCACUGGAUCGCCCAUUUUCCCCGGAGAAAACGAGCAAGAACAGCUUGCUUGCAUCAUGGAGAUUUUCGGCCCGCCAGAGAAGCACCUUAUUGAGAAGAGCAGCCGCAAGAAACUCUUUUUCGACUCUCUUGGCAAGCCGCGCGUCACGGUGUCAUCCAAGGGACGCAGACGACGCCCGAGCUCCAAGACGCUCGAGCAGUCUUUGAAGUGCAAUGAUGAUGCCUUCCUUGACUUCAUCGCGCGUUGCCUUCGAUGGGAUCCUGACCGCCGUCUCAAGCCUGAAGAUGCCAUGCAGCACGAAUUCAUCACUGGUAUCAAGCGGCCUCGUGGAGGACCUCGUCCUGCUGAUGCCGCUGCGCGGGCCGCGGCCUCCCCGAUCAAGCGCUACAACACUGUCGGACACCAGACACCCCAGCGGACGAGGCCACUGCCGGAGCCGCCGGCCACUAGCUUCAAGAACGGUGCCGCCCAGUCUGCCAGGGCUCCCGGUAACAAUUCACCGGCGAAGACUGGACCUGCCCCUCGUCGUCAUUCAACGGUAAAUGGGCUUGCUAGCAACCUCGGCAUGAAGACAAGAUCUAGUGCACAGAACCAAGCGAAUGGCCCAAACAGCAAUAAUAACGCCUCAGCGCAGCAAGGACAGAACAGCGCCUUGCCUCGUGUGGCUCAGAGGAGUGUGAGCGGAAAGCCAGAUCUAGCGUCGGCAGCAGCGGUGGCGAGCCUGCGUUCGCGUUAA